GGGUUCCCUCUAUUUACAGCUUUGAAGGCUAUUAGUUUUAUUAACUUAAAGCCUUAAAAUAUAAAAAAAAAUAAAAAAAACUCAAAAAUUGAAAAAAAGUUUUAAUUAAAUAUAAAUUAGUAUUACUACUAUUUAUAGUCUCGAUCAUGCUUUCGUGGAGUGCAGACGCGUUUUUGCAUUGCUGUGAGUUCUCUGUAAAGAGUCUUUGGACAAGUCCACUUUCGUGGCAAAAGUUAGUGAUUUCGUGAAUCCGACGUCUAAAGUCGCGGUGUCAGUGCCCUUACACGUAGUUAGUUGUGUCUUGUUGCGAAGACAAAACAGGUGAAACAGAAAAGACAAGCUAACAGAUGCAACUGUGAUACGUACAAUCACCGAUAGUUGGUUAAAUUUUGAAUUCGAAAUAAAUUUGAACUAAUUAUUUUUCUUCCAAUUAAAAGAAAAAAUAAAUUUGAUUUUACCCGUACCUUGGUGGGUUUGAGCCGGGACCCGCCUUACCGUGGGACUCGCGCCUUACACACUGAGCUAAGGCCACCUCAACCGAAGUCCGUCUUAAGGCUUAUAACUCCAACAAGUCGAUUAAGCAGUGCAUAGCACUGCAAUAGCAAUAAUGGCUGGUAUUUCGGACUCCGCAGAUGAGCUAAACAUUAGGAAAUCUGUAGCCUUACAACAAAAGAAAAUGAGCGAGGCCCUUUAUACCUCGUUAUCUAUGUAAGUUCAGUCGCCUAUAUGCUAGCUCCUCCGACUACAACCCACCAUUACCCAGCAAAGCCGUUGAUCCUGAGCUUGCAGCCAUAAAUGGUGACGAUGAGGACUGAUGGACUCCGAGUUCGACAAACAGAAACGCCGUCUUGACUCUAGAUCUCCGAAUUCUGUUACAAAAUUUCAAAGACACUCCAAUAGCCCGAAAAAGAACGUUUCUUCUAACCGUUUUCCAGAACUUUCGAACAAGGACAUAGACGUGGAAGCCUCUCAGACAGUUAACCUCAACGUGUCGGAGAAAGCUUCUACCAGCAACAACAACGCUGUCAACACCAAAACUGGCCACAACGCCGCUAGCAAUAGCAAGAAUACCAGCCAUCCGUCCAUCACCCUCCCAAAAACCACCCCCAAUUGUGGUUGAUCACUGCGAGAAUCUGAACGGACUUAUUAGAUCCAUAGACAGAAUCGUUGACCCGUCUAAAUACUCCCCUGAAAUGCCACCCCAUAAACUCUGUUUCCAUUUUGGCCGCAGAUCCUGAUGCAUACAGAGCAAUAACAAAAUCGCUUACUCUUAAAAAAAUGCCAUUCCAUUCAUUGCAGCUCAAAGAAGAGAGAUCUUAUCGCGUUGUCAUCCGUGGUGUCCAUCAUUCUAUCCCGGAUGAAAAUAUAAAUGAAAGUCUUACCUUGACUGGCCACAAAGUUCGUUUUGUUAGUAGACAUAGAAAUCGCUUCGACAAAAUCAAAGCUGUCAAUCUAGUUUUCGUUGAACUAGAACCGGCGGCAAAUAACAAGGAAAUCCAUGAUAUCAAGACACUCUGCCGGCAACGGGUUCAAGUUGAACUCCCCUACAAAAAGGAUGAUGUCGUUCAAUGCCACCGCUGUCAAGCAUUUGGACACACUAAAAACCACUGCCAAAAACUCUUCAACUGUAUCAGGUGUGGCCUACAACACGGUCUGGAGGCUUGCCUUAAGGAUGUAAACACAGUCAAGUGCGUUAACUGUGGCGGAAACCACACAGUUUAUCAGCAGAUUGCAAAUCGACGAAAAAGUGUCAUAUUCCAUCGCAGCACUUCAACAGUCAACUAGUCCAAAUGUUCGUUCAAACUUUGCGGCACCAAACUCCUACGCAAAUGCCGUCCGUGGUCAAGUUAGUCCUACCCAACACCAUCAAUCUCCUAUAUCUUAUCCACAGAGCCAACAGUUUCCUCCACUGGGAAGCAACAAUAGGAAGCAAAGUCAGCCACGCCAACAGGCAGUACCGCCUCGACAGUAGAGGUGGAGAACUAUCGAUGGCACUAUCGACACUAUCGAUGGUUGGCCACUAUCGAGCCGCAAUCGAUUGUGUCAGACACCUUCGAUAGUGACCCAACCACUAUCGAUGGUGCCUUCGACAGCUGGCGUCUCACAUCGCUAAAAUAAUUUCAGCAUUCGCUUGUGUUUUGAAUUUGAAAUUUUUGUAGAAAAUUGACGAAAACUAAAAAGUAACCAAUAAAUAUGGAUCGCUUUUUAAAAAAAGGUACACGUCGGAGGUCCCCAACGCCUACUGCGCCAAGUCCAGAAAAGCAAGACUGCGAUUGCACCAGCAACAACAAGCAGAGUAACUCAAAAAGGAGUACGAUUUCGCAUGUUUGGAAAUAUUUUAAAAAGUCCGACGACCAAAAACUUGCCAAAUGCCUUGACUUUGGCAAGGAAUAUAAAACAAGCGGCAAUACGUCCAACUUGCGCGACCAUUUAAAAAGGUUUCAUUCUAGCUUGGAAAUAAACAAACCGGACUCUAGCAAACCAGUUGAAGUUACGGAUAGGAACGAGACUGUGUCUACAAGCAGCAGUUGCAGAUCAAGUAUGAAUUCUGUGGCUUCCUACUUCAAAAGAGCUGUCUUGUACGAGUCGAAUUCCAAGCGAAAGACUGACAUCGACAAAGCAUUAACAGAAAUGGUUGCUAAGGAUGUACAGCCGUACAACAUUGUCAAAAACGAAGGUUUCAUUAAGUACACUCAGGUAUUGGAUCCCCGUUAUAAAUUGCCAAGCAAGACACACUUGCGUGAUGUGCUUAUGUCCAAUCUCUACAAGGAAACCUCUUCCAAAUUGUCAUUGAUAUUGCAAGAAGUGUCGGAUGUAUCAAUAACAAUAAAGAUGUGGACAUCGAGUGCCAAUGCCAGUUUCUUGACAGUGACCGGUCAUUUUGUUUAUGACUUUGAACUAAAAACAGCAUCUUUGGCCACAAAAAAACUUUUAAACGCAACAAACCACUGUUAGCAAAACAUUGCAGCACUAUUUUGAAUUAUUGGAACAUUUUAAACAAGACGGUGUGCAUUGUUACCGAUAAUGCCAGUUCCAUGCUUAAAGCAUGUGAAAUAUUGCAAAUCCGAAAUCUGCCAUGCUUUGCGCACACAAUAAAUUUAGUUGUGCAAGACGCCUUAACAGUUGAUGACGCAGUCAUUCAAAAUUUGUUUUCUAAGUGCAAAUCCAUAAUGCGAUUUUUUAAACAAAGCACGAUUGCUAAUGAAAAAUUUAAAUUGGCACAAGAAGGAACGAAUUAUACUUUGCUGCAAGAAACGCCAACUAGAUGGAACAGCUUCUUUUUUAUGAUCGAGAGAAUUCUAAAAACCAACGAUGCCAUUGCCAAAGUCCUAUUAGCAACAACUAAUGCACCUCAGCCAUUUACUGCUGAGGAAAUACUUGUGCUAAA